UGGGAGAGCUGUGGCGUCAUACUGCUGCGACGGUGUGUCAGCUUCAAACAUGGCGUCCAGGUUGGAAAUUAAUUUUAUCAGGUUGUUGUCUCGCUGUGAAUCAAUCGCCUCGGAGAAACGAGGGGAGACGGAGUGGAGGUUAGAGAAGUAUGUUGGUGCCCUGGAGGAGAUGUUGGUGGCUCUGAGGAAAAGCCCAAGCAAACCCACACCAGAAGUCCUGACUGAGUUCACAAGAAAAGUAGAUUUUCUGAAAGGACUCCUAGAGGCAGAGAAACUGUCUUCACCAACAGAAAAAGCUUUAGCCAAUCAGUUCCUCGCCCCCGGGCGAACACCCACGAUAGCCAAUGAGAGGAUGCCUGCCACUAAAACUGUCCACAUGCAGACGAAGGCCCGGUGCACAGGAGAGAUGAGGGAUGAGCUUCUCGGCACGGGUUUGUCAGGCAAAGGCACAUCGGAGACAGACUUGCGAAACAGAAGAGGUCUUCCUCUGGAUGAGCGUCAGUCUGCCGCAGAGCUGGACGCCGUCCUGCAGCAUCACCACAACCUGCAGGAGAAGCUGGCGGAGGACAUGCUGAACCUGGCCCGAAAUCUGAAGAACAACACAAUGGCAGCGCAGAACAUCAUCAGACAGGACAACCAGACUCUGAGCCACUCCAUGCGCCAGGCAGACCUGAACUUUGAGAAGCUGAAGACGGAGUCGGAGCGAUUGGAGCAGCACACCAAGAAGUCUGUGAACUGGCUUCUGUGGCUGAUGCUCAUCCUGGUCUCCUUCACCUUUAUCAGCAUGAUCCUCUUCAUCAGAAUCUUCCCCAGACUCAGAUGAUGACUGUGUACAGUCCUGAACUGUUAGUCCCUCAUACUCCUGUGUUUACAAGAGCAGUAGCUACAUAGGCCUCCAUAGAUCUACACAGCAUGUCUGCAUAUGUGAUACAGAUCAGUAGUGGUCCAAACCAAAACAACUCAGUCUGAUGGGCUGAAAAAGAUUGCACUUCUCAAAACUGAAAUUCUUCCUCUAUACGGUCUGAUGAAAGAAAGAUGCAGAAAGUGGUUUGAAGUAUCAGUAAUCAUUUUUUUAAACAGCACAGAACAUGAAUGGAGGUAAGGAGCUACUUGGAGGGCCUUAGGGAGCAGCAACAUAGUCUUAAUACCCAGACAGCAGGGACUGAGCCUUAAUUAUUUUAAUCCCUCAUCAGGUCGGCUACCAGCCAUUCAGUACAUGUAUGCACUUUCUCACUUAGUGAGACUAAAGUCAAAGUCAGGUUUUUUAGAACAUUAUUUUUCACCAUGCAUAUAUCAGAGUAAGUUUAUGAACCGUCCACCAUCUACUGCACGUUGCCCUGGAAAUCCACGAUCUCAUCACUAUUUCAAAUAACUGAAAACUGAGUCCAAAACAAUCUGACUCAUAAAUAGCUAAAACCUACGACACCUUUCUUUAACCUCACUGAAUAUUUAAUAACUGGUUUAUAACACACUGUAAUGUAGGUUGAAGGCAUUGUAAGUGUUUAUUAAUGUGCAGUAUUUGUCAAGAAUUGUAACUUCUCAUCUGAAGAGGUACUUCAUGAUAUUGUCAAUUAUUAUCUACUUAUUUAUCAGCCUCAACGUACAGGAGGACUUACAGUUGUUGAGAAAUACAUUCAUAAAAUUCUACAUCUCUUCACAACUACAUUAUAUUGUGUUAUAAACCAUUUAAGAAAUGUUUAUAUAAUGCAUAACAUUAAAUGAGGGGGGUGAAAGUGAAGUGUUCCCAGUUAUUUCCCUAAAAUGAAAUAAUGCAAAUUACAAAACAGAUUUCAAGCAACAGUUUGAUUUUUCAUCUGCUGGUAAAAGUUUUGGAGACAGUCUUUGUCGAGAGGUUGAGAUCUUUGAGCUGUUAGAUUUAAUUUAUUUCAUUGCUCUGCAUAUUUCCAUUAUCCUCAGUCCUGUUCUUUGUUUGAGAGUCUGCGUGUUUGGGAGGCUGACUCCAUAAAUGUACAUCAGGUGACGAUAUCUGUUGAUGUUGGUAAUGACUGCGGAGGCCGCUGAUGUUGAUAAAGUAAGACUUUGUUCUCAUUACAUACUGUAACCCCACGUGUUCCAACCCCUUAUAAACAUUCAUAUAUCAUUUAGAUCUGCAGUUGUGUGUGUGUGUACAGGAUCACAACAAAGUAAAAUUAUUCAUCUCCUUUAAUUGUGUUCGAUUGAGUAAUAAUUGUGAGUACUGUAUGUGUGUUGUGGGAGCUGUUUGAGACCUUUAUCCAUAAACUCAAAUACCAAAUUGCGCCCUCUGUGCAGAAAUACCUAAUGAUGCAGUGACUUCAUGUGGCCAGUGUGUGUCAGUCAUGAUCUUACAAUAUGAGCACGUAAUGACCUCCAUGACCCUGAUGGCCUGAUCAAGCCCAUGAAUCCUAAAUUAACCCCACUACUCAUUUAGAAGUGAUCUGAGGAUUGAAGUAUGGCUAAAUAAAGGCAGCUGGCCACAAAAAAAGCACAUGACGACCAUA